CACAUGUUGUGAUCCAAUCCUAAUCCCAUCCCUUUUAAAAAUUGUAAAAAAAAAGGGGAAGAAAAAGACGAGCACAGCUGAGCAGAGAGCACAUAGAGAUAACAAAACAGCCACCGCCAAUUCGCGUGUGGAAGUGAGAAUUGAAAGCUUUGGUUGGUGGCUGCCAUGGCGAUGCGCGACCUCGUUUCGGGUUCCGCCGCGUGCGGCGACUCCUCUUCCUCCUCCUCCGCCGCAAACCCGCUCGCUUCCCUCGCCAACGCCCUUAUCGGCUCUUCCUCUAAAACUCAGGAGAGGCUGAAGGAGAUUCCUACAUCCACUCCCACUGACCCUGCCUCGCAAUUUUACUCCCCUGCCAAUUACCUUCCAGGCUCCGAACUCGAUAAGCCUCUAUUGGAUGCAAACUCGCAGGGUUCGGAGUUUUUGCAAAGGUUCCGUGGCGGUGGCGCGACGGGGCUUGAGGAGACGUGGGAUGAGAUACAGCGCGAGGGUGCGAUUGCCCAAACGCGGCAGCUGCUGCCCCCGCUUCAACAACCGCCCUUGGAGGGGACACCGCAACGAGUUCUAUCGAGCUUUUUGCACUCAUUUCUUGAUAGCAGCCGCGGUGGAGUGCCUUUUCAUCCUGCCCCUCUUCCAAUGUUGGGUUUAUCUGAAGGUGAUAAACAAUGCAUACGUGACCGGAGCAGCAUAAUGGCCAGACAUCUCUUUGCAGAUAAGAGCGAAGAAUUCAUUGAUGCCCAAGUAAAUGCACUUCUAUGCUCUCUAGAUAUUGACAGCAAUGUUCGUGGUAAGGGACCUAUGCCUGAAAGAUUUAGGGAGCUUGAGGAUUACUGGAAUGAGUCUCAAGGAAACCUGAGACUUGGUGCUCCUGCUGCUGACGGGUGGAUUACUGAAUUUAGUCAACAUAGAGAAAAAUAUGAUAAUCCUGAUUCAUGGGCUAACUCAUUUGAGCAACAAUAUGGUGCAAAUGGUUGGGCGUCUGAAUUUGAACGUUCACAAUUGUCAUCAGUAGAUCAAAUGCGAGGUAUGAACAUGCCAAACUUUGCUGCAAUGGAGCAGACUCGUAUGCUCGCGAACACAUUGGCCCAAAAUGGUGACCCUAAAUUUCAGAACUCAAAAUUCCUUCAAUUUGUAUCAAAGAUGAGCCGUGGUGAGUUGAUUAUUGAUGACAAUCAAGUUAAAGAGAAUGCUGCAUCUGGAGAUUGGGCAACAGAAUACAAUCAACAAUAUAAUCAUGGUCAUGCAUGGGCUGGAGAAUUUUUAAAUGAUAAGGUUUAUCAUGGACCUGAUCAGUGGGUGAAUGAAUUUACAACUGAAGGAAGGCAGCAUGAUGCAGUCGAUGAUCAGUGGGUUAAUGAAUUCUCAAAUUUGAAUGUUAAUGAUUGGGCAGAUGAAUUUCAGCAACAGCUUGGUGAUAGCACUUCUGAUAGUUGGGCUCAGGCAUACAAUGAGUUCUUAAAUGAGCAAGUUGCUGCCAAGCAGCAGUUAGAUAGUUCAAGGGGCGUCUAUGUCUUUUCAGAUUUAAAUCCUUAUGUUGGUCAUGCAAAUCCACUAAAAGAAGGCCAAGAUCUAUUCAGGAAAGGACUUUUAAGUGAAGCAGUUCUAGCAUUGGAAGCUGAAGUCCUAAAAAACCCCGAGAAUUCUGAAGGGUGGAGACUGCUUGGAAUAGCACAUGCAGAGAAUGAUGAUGAUCAACAGGCUAUUGCAGCAAUGAUGCGUGCGCAGGAGGCUGACCCAACAAACCUGGAAGUGCUUCUUGCUCUUGGUGUCAGUCAUACAAAUGAACUGGAGCAACCAGCUGCUCUGAAGUAUCUAUAUGGAUGGUUGCGCCAUCACCCAAAAUAUGGAACACUUGCCCCACCUGAGAUGUCUGAUUCUUUGUACUAUGCUGAUGUUGCUAGGUUAUUCAAUGAAGCAGCUGAACUCUCGCCUGAUGAUGCAGAUGUCCACAUAGUUCUUGGGGUCAUGUACAAUUUAUCCAGAGAAUAUGACAAGGCCAUUCUUUCUUUUGAAAGAGCACUAAAACUUAAGCCGCAGGAUUACUCUCUAUGGAACAAGCUGGGUGCAACACAAGCAAACAGUGUUCAAAGUGCUGAUGCAAUAAUGGCUUAUCAACAGGCACUGGAUUUAAAGCCUAAUUAUGUUCGUGCUUGGGCAAAUAUGGGGAUCAGUUAUGCAAACCAGGGUAUGUAUGAUGAGUCCAUUCGUUAUUAUGUUCGAGCACUUGCCAUGAAUCCAAAAGCAGAGAAUGCAUGGCAAUAUUUGAGGAUUUCAUUGAGCUGUGCUUCUAGGAAUGACAUGUUGGAAGCUUGUGAUAGUCGUAAUUUGGACCUUCUCCAGAAGGAGUUUCCACUACAGUAAGGGUGGUUGCUAGAACAUGAAUCCUAAUUUUCCCUAAAACUUUUGGAUGAGUAGAUGGGACAUUUUCUCCCUUUAAAAGCCGCAGUAGAGAUGUCUGCUUCCAUAGAAAUUUCUAGAACUGAAAGGCCGAUCAAGUCAAUAAAGCCUGCAGGUGAAUACGAGGCAUUAUACUAUCAAUCUUUGAACAUAUGGUGUAUAUCAUGAAAGUAGAUCAACCUACACUGGAUUUAGGCAGUUAUAGACUCCAUUUCUUAAUGUUUCAAAAGCUACUUAUCAUAGAACAGCUGCAGUACUGUAGUUAAGGAAUGUGGCUUUCUAUUAUAAAGUUGGGCAUAUCGUGGAUGUACUGAUGUAGAUAUAUAAGUUUACAAGAUUAACCGUAUAUCAUGUAUCUAAUUUUUUAUUUUAUUAUUUGAUAAACUAUUAUCCUUUUUGAAAUUAUAAAUGUCUUAAUUACAA